AGUUCUUGAGCAGAAAAUAUUCGUUUGUAGUGCCAUUGUGCGAUGUUAUUGAAGUAUUUAGAUACAGAAAAGUCAACAUUGUCAUACAUUUUCUCUUCAGUUCCAAUAAAAUAAUCAUUAGAGAUUAUUUUAGCCUAGACUUCAACUUCCUACACAAUUUUGGAGCCACUUUAAGUGACAAAAUGCCGAAGUUAUUUUAUUUCAUCGUUG